AGGACGUUUCCAAAAAGGCGCAGAAAACAAAUAAAAUAUACCCCUGAGAAACACUAUGCCGAGCAAGGGAGUUCAGUGCUACUCGUAUAUAGCCGUCCCUGGUUGUCAAGUGGAGUUUUCUGUCCCCGGAACCACUAUCAUUCGAGAUCAGCUCAGGCAGUUUUCCAACGAUCAUCUCGAAGUCGACAAGGACAAGAUAAAAGGCCAUUUCAACUUUAAUGGUACUUUCUCUUUCAGGGUUACCCAAAAUGGCAACCAGAUCGCGAACGAAAGUAUUGAAAUCAAUACUCUGACGAGCCACCUUGGGGCCGGAAGCAUGAAGAGUAUGGAAAACCAACUUUCGGUGAUCACGAACGACAUUAUUGUGUCCUACGGCUUUUAUGACGCUGGAACGGGCGUGGCUGGUCUUCCAAGCAGCGACCAAUGUUAUGUGACUGUGACGCCCAACUACUCCCGCUGGAUGGGCGAGGUUGCACCUCAAGGGUCACCACAGGCCUCCAAGCCCUUCUCCAAAUUCUUCCUUCCUGCCGCCCAUGACAUUGGCAUGAAUAGCAUGCAAAAUGCGGAUGCAAUUCUUUCUAGCAGCGCCAUUGUGGAUGCUCUCAUCACCUUCAACCCAGCCUUUGCCAAAAUUUCUGCCGAGAUGUCACACGAUGCAGUCAUGCACAUUGCGCCAAACAUCGUCCGCGCUCUUUCUCUGACACAGAAGGACCCAUUCCCCGCCAUCCUCAGUAUUGGAGCUCGAUAUUUCGAAUUUCGCCCCGCUUUUCUGCACAAGGCUAUCCGUGCUGAGCAUCCCAUUCCAGAUGUUCUAUAUUUCUCGCACUCCGCCAUUCCCGGCAUGCCGUACGCACAGUUUCUCCAGGAUACAGUUUCUUUUCUCAUGGCCCAGCCAGAUGAGAUCGUCGUCGUACAACUGCGCUGGGACGGGGUGCCAGGUGACUGUGCGCAUCCCAGCGAUCAGGACCUCGCCGACUACAUGAACUCUGCUCUGCAAGCUUCCAAUGGUUCCAUCGUCCAAGGUUCACUUGACGAUAUGAGGAACCUCACCAUCCAGCAGCUCCGCGAACAACGUAAAAGGCUCGUUUUAUUCGGACCCGUCGAUUCCCUCAGUACAUACACGGACGCUGGCAACGCGACUCUGAACGGUGAUGGCAUCAUCGCUGAGUUCAACCAGCUAACAUCCGAAUCGCAGGCGGGAAAACCUUUCACAAAUCUGCAGUGCCAGGCGACGGCGACAAAUAUCACCGACGUCGUGGCCUACAGUGUCCUUUCCGCAAAUGCAGAUAAUAGUUGUCUUCUGGCUACGAAAUCCAUAUGCGAUUCGAAGACCUUGCCUUGGAUCGUGGAAAAUGCAGGGAGGCUGGAUGGCGGCGAGUUGUUGGUUGCGAUGAAUGAUUUCUUUGAUGGUGCUACGGCGGAUGUUGCGAUUGAGUGGAGCAGGAAGAGGCUGGCAUAGGUCUCUUUUUUUUAUGAGAUUCUGGUACUUUCGUGGUCAAGGCUGGCGGAGAAUUGGUAUGGUAUGGUAGAUACAACAAAGAGUAUGUGAUUCGAACAGAUGUAGGCUGCGCAGAAACCCAUAGGUCCCUAC